AUGGCGAAGAAACUCAUUCGAAGAGUCAAAACCAUUAUCACAAAGCCCUUCAAGAAACAGCCGCGUAAAAAGCUGCCACCACCACCACCGUCUCCGCCGCCGCCGCCUUCUUCCCCCUCUCCACCGGAAUCUCCCGCCCCCACCAUGUCACCGCCACGACUAAAACCGUCCUACCACCCUUUUCUCUUCCCGGAAACUGAGUCCACAGUCCUGCCCGAUCCUUCAUUAUUCUUCUCCCCCCACCUCCUCUCCAAUCCUUUACCCACAAAUUCAUUUUUUCAAAACUUUGUGUUGAAAAAUGGUGAUCAGCCUGAAUAUAUACACCCAUAUUUAAUCAAAUCAUCUCAGUCUUCUCUUACCCUUUGUUACCCAUCUCAAUUCAAGAAUCCUGCUUUUUUAUACCAGAUAUUUAUUGCUGAUCUCACCAUUUCUGCACUGAACAAUCCUGAUUCGAAUGCAACCCACAUCAUAUCUGCAUUCAAUGAUUUGAGUGUGACUUUGGACCUUCCAUCUAGUAAUCUUAGGUUCUUUCUUGUUAGGGGGAGUCCCUUUUUGACUUGUAAUGUGUUGAGUCGCGUUGCAUUGUCAAUUUCAACCAUUCAUGCCAUUCUUGAAUUGUCCCCAAAUAGUUCUUCCACAAAGUACACUAUUAAGCUUAAUAACAAUCAGACUUGGCUUCUUUAUGCUUCUUCUCCGAUAUAUUUGAGUCAUGAUGUUUCUACUAUUACUUCUAGUGAGUUUUCGGGGAUAAUUAGAAUUUCUUUAUUGUCUGAUCCAAAAUUUGAAGCGCUUCUUGAUCGUUUUAGUUCUUGUUAUCCAAUUAGUGGUGAUGCUGUUUUCACUAAGCCUUUUAGUUUGGAGUAUAAAUGGGAUAAGAGAGGAUGGGGGGAUUUAUUAAUGCUUGCCAAUCCUUUACAUCUUCAGCUCCUUUCGAGUACUGACUGUUCGAUUACCAUCUUAGAGGAUUUCAAGUACAAUAGUAUUGAUGGUGAGCUGGUUGGUGUAGUUGGAGAUUCUUGGGUUUUGAAAAGUGACCCUAUUGCUGUUACUUGGCAUUCAAUUAGAGGGAUUAAGGAGGAAUCAUAUUCUGAGAUAAUUGAAGCACUCAUUAAGGAUGUUGAGGCCUUGAAUUCAAGUGCAGUAUCAACAACAUCAUCGUACUUUUACGGGAAACUGAUAGCUAGAGCUGCACGGUUUGCAUUGAUUGCUGAAGAGUUGUGUUAUAUUGAAGUGAUCCCUGCAAUUAGGAAGUUCUUGAAGGAUAUGAUUGAGCCCUGGAUGGAUGGAACUUUUGAUGCUAAUGGUUUUUUGUAUGACUCAAAAUGGGGUGGAAUCGUGACUAAACAAGGAUCAGCGGAUUCGGGGGCUGAUUUUGGAUUUGGAAUCUAUAAUGAUCACCACUAUCACCUUGGGUAUUUUAUCUAUGGGAUUGCUGUUCUUGCCAAGAUCGAUGCUGCAUGGGGAAGAGGGCUGACAGAGUUUGCAGAUGGUCGAAAUCAGGAGAGCACAAGUGAGGCCGUUAAUGGAUAUUAUUCAGCGGCUCUUAUGGGACUGGCAUAUGGGGACAGCCACCUUGUUUCUAUUGGAUCUGCUUUAUCUGCUUUGGAAAUUCAUGCAGCACAAACUUGGUGGCACGUGAGAGAGGAGGACAAUGUUUAUGGAGAGGAAUUUACCAAAGAGAACAGGGUGGUGGGUGUUUUAUGGGCUAACAAAAGGGACAGUGGCCUUUGGUUUGCUCCGGCCGACUGGAGGGAGUGUAGGCUGGGAAUUCAACUUCUGCCUAUACUGCCCAUAAGUGAAAUUCUGUUCUCUGAUGUCAAUUUUGUGAGACAGCUCGUAUCAUGGACCUUGCCAGCCCUGGCCCGGGAAGGAGUUGGAGAAGGUUGGAAGGGUUUCGUAUAUGCAUUGCAAGGGAUUUACGAUAAAGAAGGUGCUUUAGAUAAUAUCAGGAGCUUAAAUGGAUAUGAUGAUGGGAACUCCCUCACAAAUCUUUUGUGGUGGAUUCAUAGGAUAAAUAUCAAACCAGCUUCAAAGAAUAUGGGAGGAGCUAUUGUUGACAAGUUGCGGUGGAGGAAGGCGGAGGUGGUGCUGUGGUUUCACUGGAUUCCUAAAUUUCCUGAGAUUAAACCAGGGGAAGAAAUAACUAUUUCAAUAAUGGUAGAAAAUGCACAACAAGUCAUAAAACAUGAAGAAACCAAGCCCAGUGUCAAUAUAUGCUCUGUCCAAGAAUAUUGCAUAGAAAAAUAG